AUGGUUGCACAUAAAAGGCAUAUGGUUGCUAGAAAAAAAGGUCAAAGUGAGGAAGAAGCAUUGGUACAGAGAGCUUCAGCAAAUCAACGUGAAAGGCAACGAACAAAGGAAUUAAAUGAUGCAUUUUCAAUGUUAAGAAGAAAAAUUCCAACAAUGCCUUCAGAUAAAAUGUCAAAAAUUCAUACCUUAAAAGUUGCAGCUGAAUAUAUAACAUUUCUUGGAAUUUUAUCAAAGACAAAUGAAACAAUAGAUGGAAAUAAAGAAUUAAUUAAUAAUGUUGAAAUAUUUACAAAUGAAAAUGGUGAUAUCAAUUUUCAGGGAGCAUUUAAUAUGUGGAGAAAUGAAUUUCCAACACCAUCCUUAGCAUAUGAUGAAAUAGAUAAAAGAAGAAGUAGUAAUUAUAUUCAAUGUGAAUCAAAUACUUCUUCUAAUUCAGGAAAUUUUGUAAAUAAUAAUUAUAUUUCUCAGAUAAAUCAAUAUAGUCCUUGGUUUGGAUCAAAUCACCUAUGGAGAGAUGAAUUUCAAAAUCAGGAAAAAAAUGUUUCAUCAAAUACUUGGUAUAAUCAAACUUUACCAUCUCCAUCAAUAACAUCUGGUAUAGUUAAUAAAGAAUCUUCAUCUUUCUCAAAUAAUUAUAAUUCUUUAUUACCCAGCUCUUCUAUUGUUUCAUAUUCAAUAUAA